AAGACAUCCUUCUCUCUAUCGAGAACUACAGUGCGAUACAGCACAGUGUUCGCGAGGUCAUGAAGGUGACGGGAGGUCAGAGUCACAGCGUGGAUGCCGCUUGGUAUCUCUGUUCUUUUGAGUCCCUUCGAGUCCGUUUUGAUGGUGCCAGCAAUAGGUGGUUUGUGGUCAGGCCACGUAGAAGAAAGAACGACUUCGGAGAUGAUCUGCAAAAGUACUUCGUUUGGGAGGCUUUCUAGAGCCGGAGCUGAGGAAAAUUUUGCGUUGUCAAAUGGGAUCGGCAUGCUGGCGAGCUUAUCGUGGAACUUCUCUAUAAAGUGGAUCAGUCCUUAUAGGACCUUGUGGUGUCCGGAAGUUGCGGUUUCCCGAUGACGGAGGGGAGAAGAAAAUGGAUGGCCAGUUUCAUUCGACCGUUCAUAGCUAGUGAAGCAGAAUUUCAACAUAUAUCCAGAUUCAGGAGGUGACUCAGGACGUCCCGACUCCCCAC